CACACACACACACACACACACACACACAGGCAGCAAAGCCUGCAGAUCAUCAAAUCAACUUCUCACACGGCCUCAUACAGAUCUACACGGACAUCGAGCACCAGAAAAUAGAGAUUACAUUUAUUUUAAAACACCAGGGGUACCAUGGUUCGAACAUUGAACAAUAUGGAGGAGCUGAGAGCUUCUAGGUUUGGUCGUCCCUCACCCAGGCACGGACUCAAGCUCCUUUUCUGGUUCGCCAACGAUUACAUCGGCUUCGACGAUGACAACCAGAUGUUUGCAGAUCACGACCCCAAAGAGGGAGACUUUGGUUUCCAUCGCUUCCUGAACAGACGUGAGUGUGAAAACAAUGUCUGCAAGAGGCUGCUUCCUGAUGGUGGCUGCCCAUUCUAUGAGGUGGGCAACCUCCACCUCACAGCAUCUGAUUCCAUGCCUAAAUAUGUCAGGAAGUACAACACUGGUAACAUAGAUACCAGCAACAUGGACCGCCUCAUCAUCAGUAUGCGUCCUGACAUGACAGUGGAUAAGGUCUAUGUGACCCAGCACGAGGACCUGAGGAGCUUCGACCCGGUCAACACCUAUCGCAUCAGCAGGGGGUUGCUCAUGAUCAUAUGUGGUCAUUCAUCCGCGGACAUGUCACUGAGCAACUUCCUGGAACAGGCGGGCUGUCCCACCCACGAGGAAAAUGUAAUGAUGUAUCAGGGCAUCGCCGCCAGGGAGUCUAGGGAUACCAAGAUUGAUAUAGAAGGUGGAUCCAGAGUUCCACCCAGAGCUGCACCAGGCUUCUGGGAAAGCUACUGUACCAUACUGUAGAUCAGGGUCCUCUAGUCCUGGUCCUGGGGACCCUGAAGGGGGAACCUUUUAGUUUUUUGCCCUAGCACAUUGCAUUUCAUUUUGGUAUGUUCAUUUUCACUAUUAAAUUUGGUCAUUUAUCAGACACUCUUAUCCAGAGUGACUUCAGUGCAUUAAACUAAGGCAGAUGAACAACAACAUACUGUAUCACAGUCAUAGCAAGUAAACUUUUUCUGUAACCAUUACUGAGAAGGUUGUUGCUGUUGGGGCCUGCUAUUGGCUAAUGUAUUUCUGUAUUUUAAAAUACAAAAUACAUGCAUUUUAAUGAAAUACACAUCAAAAUACGAGUAUUUGGUAGUUUAUUUUUCAAACAUUGAUCUUUAUGUUAUUUUUUGUUGUUGUAUUUUGACAUUUUUCCCCAUCCCUGGUUGUAAUCAAUGUAGUUUCCUCUUCACUUCAACCCAAAACAUAAAUGUGAUGACAUUAAAUCAAUGUGGAAAGCUGAUUGGAUUUGCAAAUCAACUACAUAAGAGCAUUUCAUCUAGUGGCCGACAAUGAUUACAACAAGUAAUCAUUCUCAAAUUCUUUAGAGGAUAAUUCAUUGAGUCUAUAUACCAAAUCUAGUGUCAAUCUGAUCUAUGGUUCAUGAGUAGAUGUUUAAAGUAUUUUUAGCAUUAGCAUGUGUGCUAACAUACAUCUAUAGGUAGAGUGCGGCCAUUUUUGAAUGUAGCAACUAUUCUUUUCUCAAAACUAUUAAAGAUAAAAAUCUGAGGUGAAUCUGAUGUAUGGUUCAUAAAGGAGAAGAUGAUUCCAGACGGUUUUGAACAUUAGUUUUACAUAUGCAAUUAAUGAUUUGUUAAUAGUGUCCUUGUUUUUUAGAGAUAUCAGUAAAACAUUUAGUGUGGUUCAUCUUAGAGACGUCCAUGAUAGUGAUGACAAGUUUCAAGUUGAUAGGCCACUGUGGAGUGGAUUUUUGACCUACUGUUUUUGCAUAUUUUAUCGUUUUAGCGAAUGUGCAUGUACUGGUUAACUGUGGAAAUCUUUGAAAGCUUCAAAGUUAUUUUCUCAAAUGAAUUAGGGACUAAUGUGAUGAGUCCUCUUUAGGGACUAUUGUGAUGAGUCCUUUUUAGGGACUAUUGUGAUGAGUCCUCUUUAGGGACUAUUGUGAUGAGUCCUCUUUAGGGACUAUUGUGAUGAGUCCUCUUUAGGGACCAUUGUGAUGAGUCCUCAUUAGGGACUACUGUGAUGAGUCCUGAAAAAGGGACGUUUCAUUUUGGGAUAUGGUGCCAUUUGGGACUCACCUUGUUGACUUGCCUAGUUAAGUAAAGGUUAAAUAAAUGUUUUUAUUGUUCUGUGUUCUGAUGCCUCAUUCAGUAGUAGCAGGUUGGAGCACGGCGCUGGCCACUGGCUUAACUAGAGGAUAUGAACCACACAUGGGCCACAUCCACAGACUGGUCAACGUUUUUGUAAGACAAGCCUGAUUCCAUAUUGUAUAAUGAUAUAACACCAUGGAGGUGGGGGAAGUGCAUGUUAUGGUUUAUCUGUCUUUUGUUACGUGAAUGUACUGAUCAAUUAUGCUGCAACGCUAAAUAGACUUUACUGUUUAUUUUCUGUGUAUUUUUAUUUUUGAGACUUUGGAGAGAAGAAGAACAGAAUAAACAUUUACUUUGAACUGAAA